AUCCCCUAGGAGACCGUCUGCCCCUCCUUGAGCUGGCUGCUUUGUUAGAGAUGUUUCCAGGCAACCCUGUGAGAGACGCCGGUGCCCGAGACUGGAGUUUGGCUCUGCUACUGCCUGCGAGUGCUGAGAUUUACCUGCAAGGAGAGACCCUCAGGCCACCUGCGCCCCAGUCAGCACCCCCAGUACCGUGCGACCACCCAGCAAAUACCCCAACAUGAACCUAGUCCUCUCCAGAGAUGCUCAAGUCAAGAUUAUGGAAAAUACAGUGUCCAACGCAGAGAAAUACUUUGGGCAGUUCUGCACCGUGCUGGCUUCUUACACCCGGAAGACGGCCAAGCUGAGGGACAAGGCUGACACCCUGGUCAAGCAGCUCAUCGACUUUGCAAACACAGAGAAUCCAGAGCUCAGGACGGCUAUGAAAAACAUGGCUGAGGAGUUGGCCAAAGUGCAAGACUACAGACAUGCGCAGGUGGAACGCCUUGAAACCAAAGUGGUGAGCCCAAUGAAGCGAUAUGGACCCCUCAUUAAAGAAACGCGGGCAGAAAUCAAGAAGUUCAACUCGGUCAGGAACAAAGAGAUUAAGGAGUUAGAAAAACUAGAGAGGUUACGACACAGAGCUCCAUCAGACCGACAAAUGAUUUCCCAGGCAGAGUCCAGUGUUCAGAAGGCAUCUGUGGAUGCAGCACGUACCACUCAGCAACUGGAGGAGGUCAUAGACUCGUUCCAGCAACAAAAAAUCAAGGAUGUUCAGAAAAUAUUCUCAGAUUUCCUAAUGGUUGAGAUGGUGUUCCAUGCGAGAGCUCUCGAGGUGUACACCAGUGCCUUUCACAGGCUGCAAGACUGUGAUCUGGAGAAGGAUAUGGAGGAUUUCAGGUCAAAGAUUCAUAUUGUCACUGGCGCUCAAGAUGCUCGGCCCUUAAACGCCACAAACCUUUCCUCUAAUACCACUUGGCAAACUGGAAGUAUGAGCACUCAGAGCACGCUACAGAGGAAGCCACAUUUUCAGGAAGAUAGUGAUGAUAUUUCUGAGGAUGAGGAUGAUGAUGAUGAGGAUGAAGAAGAUGAUUACCAGGAUUCCAGAAAAGCACAGUAUUCCAGAGUCCGAAAAUAAAAAAAAGAAAUAUGGUAUAGCAAAUCCUGCUCCAAUCCGUCCAUAGAUUUCAUUACUGCUAUUUUUAUUGAAUUGAUUCUGUUUGAUAUUUAUCAAUAUGUUUUUGUUAUAUUUUACUUAGAUUGUGGGUAAAUGGUCCAUGAUAAUGUGGAAUCAGUCUACUGGAGAAUUUUGAUUCUUGACAACAAAAUCUUUGGGGUAAAAUGUGUACGGUAACCCAACUAAGUUAUUUUAUAUGGGCGAAUGGCUAUGAACGCAGUCUGGAUAAAGUGUUUAUACCACUACUUGCUCCAAAUAAGUGCAUUUUCACUGUAUGUGACAUAUGAACGUAUACUGCAUAAUCUAGGCCUCCAGAAGCCUUAGUCCCCGACAAGCAAUGCCCAAAAUGCAUACUGUAAAGAAGGAAAAAGGGGCCCUUAAUAUGGUUUGAAUGACAUAUCCAGACACUGUACCAGUUUUACUGUGUAACCAAAUGGACAUGAUACUUAUUAUUACUUCAAACAUAUUUAAUAAAACUUGGAGUCAAGUUUAUUAACCCAUUGUAGAAAUUGAGUGUUGCUACUGUGCUUUAACAAGAAACCAGCAUGUGAUUGCUACAUUAUAAGACUGGUCUAGACCUUGCACACUGUUCUGUAUCAAUGCAAUUAUUAACCUUUGGCGUACCAAAUAAAUAAGUAAUGCAAGGGGUUAAUAUAUUACAAAAGCUGAGCAAUUUGUCAUUGGAGAAUACUUGGUUUGCACAAAAUGGUCCUGUUUUAUUUAUUUUGUUUUUUUAACAUCUUAGUUAUCAUCCUUGUUCUCAAAGAGAUUUCCGUGAGUUUUCUAUAAUCGCUUUGAACUCCCCGCCAGCAUCCGAUCGCUUUGGAAAGAUUGUACAAGUGUUUGUUUUAUUUGGGACGUGCAAAGUUUAAACAUGAAGACUGUGUGUAUUUAUGCAGCUUAAAUCAUCCUCUGCAUUUGCUGAAAGGUUAGGAAUGGCAGCCCUGUGCAGUGUUUAUAUAAUUAUGUCUGUGGUGAGAGUAAAAUUCCAGCACUUUGGUUUUCUCCAGGAUGGGGACCCAGGUCCCAGGUCUAAGAUCUAAGCAUUAUUCAAAUAAAUACAGACGGUACAAAAA